GGAGGCGGAGGUAGAGGAGCACGAGGGACGCGGUCUCGGCGGGCCGCGCUGCCGUCACCGGCCCUGCCCCGCUGCGCUGUGCUCCGGCGGGAGGCUGUGCAGCGCCGAGCCGAGUCGCGGCCGGGCCGCCUCGCUCCGCCUCAGCGUCCGCAGAAGGGAUGCGGCGGCGCGCACCAUGAGCUGGCUGUCCGGCUCCCGCGGCGUGGUGCUCACCGCCUACCACCCCAGCGGCGGCACCGACGGCCGUCGUUCUGGCCAGUAUACAAUGAACCAUGACGAUUCCAAGAAGAUCCCAGAUGGAGCAUCGUUUGAUCGCUCAGGUUCCCAGGACUCCUUGGAUGCAAUGUCUAUGGAAGAUUUUUGGAAGGAAGUUGAAAACAUCCAUGAAACCAGAGGAAAUAAUAAUGAGGAACGACAAGCAAUCGUAGUAAAGGAGCCUGAUGAGGGAGAACUGGAAGAAGAAUGGCUGAAGGAGGCAGGUCUGUCCAAUCUGUUUGCUGAGAGCACAGGUGAUUCCCAAGAAAGCAUGGUGUUCCUGUCCACGCUGACCCGAACUCAGAAGGCAGCAGUAGAAAAACGAGUAGAGACUGUCACACAGACCUUGAGGAAAAAGAACAAACACCACCAGAUUCCUGAUGUCAGAGAUAUCUUCAGGCCACAAAGCGACCCAAAGGGAAAAGUCUGUGAUAGAAGUGAACCCUCAGCUAUAAGAACAACUGAAAGCAAAAAUGAAAUGCAGGAUGAAACAAAAGAUCUGAAGUUCAGUCUUGGAACUAAUGAGCAGAAGAGCCCACUGGAAGACAUGCCAUUUUCAGAGACUGACAUCAAUUUGGAAAUUCCAUUUGCAGAACAGGCAGCUAAUCUCAAAGACAACUCAGUAGGCAAAGUGUACAAGGAUGGAGGGGGCGAUACUCUUCGCAUGAAUUUCAGACUGCCAAAGGACAAAACGGGUACCACAAAGAUUGGUGACCUGGCCCCUCAGGACAUGAAGAAAGUCUAUUCUUUAGCACUGAUUGAAUUGACUGCUCUCUAUGACGUGCUUGGGACAGAAUUCAAGCAACAAAAAGCUGCAAAAAUCAAAACCAAAGACUGUGGCUUGUUUGGUGUCCCACUGUCAGUUUUACUGGAACAGGAUCAGAAGAAGGUGCCAGGCACCAAGAUCCCACUGAUUUUUCGAAAGCUCAUUUCACAGAUAGAAGAGGCAACUCUCGAAACAGAAGGACUUCUUCGAAUACCAGGAGUUGCAACAAGAGUAAAGAGUCUUUGCCAAGAACUGGAAGCAAAAUUUUAUGAAGGGACUUUCAACUGGGAAAAUGUAAAACAACAUGAUGCAGCAAGUCUUUUAAAACUCUUCAUCCGUGAACUGCCUCAACCACUCCUAACUGUAGAAUAUCUCAAAGCUUUCCAAGAUGUACAGAAUCUUCCAACGAAGAAACAGCAGCUGCAAGCUUUGAAUCUUUUGAUUAUCCUUCUACCUGAAGCAAACAGAGACACACUGAAGGUGCUGCUUGAAUUCCUCCAAAGGGUAAUUGAUCAUCGAGAGAAAAACAAAAUGACGCUAAACAAUGUUGCAAUGGUGAUGGCCCCGAACCUUUUCACAUUUCACGGGCUUGGCUCAAAGAGUAUUGAACAAAGCGAGUUUGUUAUGGCAGCUGGAACAGCAAAUGUCAUGCGCUUUAUGAUUCAGUACCAAAAACUUCUCUGGACAAUUCCCAAGUUUAUCGUUAACCAAGUGAGAAAACAAAACACUGAAAGCCAGAAGAAGGAGAAAAAGGAUAAAACUAUGAAGAAACUUCUGAAAAAGAUGGCUUACGAUCGGGAAAAGCACGAGAAGCAGGACAAGACUCCUAAUGAUGCUGAUGUUCCUCAGGGAGUGAUACGGGUGCAAGCGCCUCAUCUUUCGAAAGUUUCCAUGGCAAUACAGCUGACAGAAGAACUGAAAGCCAGUGAUAUAGUAGCCAGAUUUCUCAGUGAGAAAAGUGGAAAUGUCCAAACACUCAAGAAAGAAGAGGUCUUCCUUUAUGAAAUAGGAGGAAAUAUUGGGGAACGCUGCCUUGAUGAUGAUACCUACAUGAAGGACCUGUACCAGCUCAACCCAAAUGCUGAGUGGGUUAUAAAACCUAAGCAGAGCUAAGCAAACAGCAAGAGAACAAACAAUGGACUUACUUUGUUAUGCUGAAUUUUUCAAAGGGGUAGUGUGUUCUUUCAACAUUCAAUGUAUUAUACAUAUUAAUAGAAACUUACCUAGUUAGAAAAAAAGGCAAUAGAAACCCAACAGUGAUUACUAGAAAAAAUUUCACUUUUACUUACAGCAAGAUACCUUUUCCCCACUCAUUUGAUAUGACAAUGAGUCAGUUAAACAUUUUAAUGCCACUAAUCUCCCUUGAUGAUACUCCCAUCUGGUAGGUCUAGUUUCAGAAGAAUUUAUUUUUCAAACAGAUGCUUAACCUCUUUAUAUUAGAGAUCUAAAAUCUGUUUGCAUAGAAGUGUGUGUUCAUAUAGGUUUUUGCAGUGGUAUUACACUGGAAAACCAAAUCUUGAUCAGCACUUCUGAAUGGUACAGUAUUAAAAAUACCUAAAACCAUUUCUCAAGUGUGAAAUUCACAGGAAAAAACUGCAGUACGAUAUAUAUUUUGUCUUUGGAAGUCUUACUUUUGUUCACUUUCUAGGUAAACUUUGAUAGAAACUAUUUAAAAACAACUGUGAAAAUGCUUUCUAUGCAUCUUUUUGCUAGAUCUUUUUAAUAUUUUUAUUCUUAUUAUGGUUGAUUGUAUUCUUGAUACUAUUUUUUUUAUUUUUAAAGUAGGACAGUAUAGCACAGUGAGUCAUUUUUAAAGCUCACCACUCUUGGCAGUAUCUAGUGGUGAAUAUGGUCACCACUAGAAAGAUGUCUGGGUUUUUCAGGAGUGAUAUUCGGAUAUGUUGCAAAUGUUGAUUUCAGGUUUUUUGGACAUCUGAUAGAUUGCAGAGCAUUUUGUGAACUGCCAAAAUCUGCCAAUUAUGAGCACAAUAAAGACGUUCAGGAUGAAUAAAA